CAAGCAGAGACCUACCACCAGCUAGCUGCUUGCUCUUGCUCCGAUCCUACAUACUGUGCAGCCAUGAAGAGUAGACGACAGCAGCGCCUCCGCCUGCUGCCUGCUCUUCUCAGCUUCAUCUCCUACCUCCUCCUGUUCUUCACCACCAACGCUAGCAGCUCCAGCCCAGACAACAAUGACCUCACCACGCUUCUCUCGCUCAAAUCCUUCAUCAGCGAGGACCCCACGGGUGCCCUGUCUUCCUGGGAUGCCCUCGACAACAGCACCCUCAACAACGGCACCCACGGUUUCUGCAGAUGGACCGGGGUGACGUGCACCAGCAGUUUCCCCCCACGCGUGGCUGCCCUGCACCUACCGGGACUAGGCCUCGUCGGCACCUUGUCGCCACACCUAGGUAACCUCACCCAGCUCAACUUGCUUGAUCUCUCGCACAACAAGCUUGAAGGCGAGAUCCCUCCUAGCCUUGCUGGCUGCUCCGUGCUCUGCCACCUCAACCUGAGUGGCAACUUCCUGUCCGGCGCCGUUCCUCCCGCCAUGGGCCACCUGUCGAGGCUCGCUGUUCUCAGCAUGGAGAAGAACAACAUCUCGGGUCUCAUCCCUUCUUCGUUCGCCAACCUCACCGCGCUCACCGUGUUCGGCAUCGCUAGUAACUCCGUGCAUGGGGAGGUCCCGGAGUGGUUGGGGAAUUUGACUAGGCUCAUAUAUUUGAACAUUGGACAGAACAUUAUAAGUGGCCAUGUCCCACCACCCUUGUCCGAGCUAGCUCACCUUCAACAUCUUGGGGUAGCAGGAAAUGUCCUAGAGGGUACCAUUCCUCCGUCAUUGUUCAACAUGUCAUCACUUGAGGUCUUUGAUGUGGGUAACAACAACCUCUCAGGUUCUCUACCUCCAGAUAUGGGUUUCAUGCUUCCCAAUCUAAGAAUAUUUAAUGCACUCGGCAACCGAUUUGAAGGCCCAAUACCAUUUUCUUUGUCAAAUAUAUCUCGGCUUCAAACACUCAACCUCAAUGGCAACAGGUUCCAAGGCAGAAUCCCCCCAAACAUUGGUAUAAACGGAGUUUUGGUGGUGUUUGAUGUAAGCGACAAUGAGCUCCAAGCUACGGAUCCAAAAGAUUGGGAUUUCCUAACUUCCUUAGCUAAUUGCAAAAAGUUGAAAACCAUUGGUCUUGAAACAAACAACCUUUCGGGCACUUUGCCAGAUACAAUCGCAAAUCUUUCUCUAGAGCUAGAGUACAUGUGGCUUCAGGGAAACCAAAUCACCGGGCACAUACCAAAAGCAAUAGGAAGGUACUCCAAACUCAAAUCCCUUGCGCUUGGAUAUAACCUCUUCACAGGAACCAUACCUUCAGAUAUUGGAAAGCUGACUCAACUCCAUGAUCUAUGCUUAGAGCAAAAUUCAUUUCAUGGGGAGAUCCCGCCGUCUCUAGGAAAUCUCACACAAUUGAAUUGGUUUAAUUUGUCCUCCAACUAUCUUGAUGGUAGAAUUCCAGCAACUCUUGGAAACCUUAGCACGGUGACUUAUUUUGAUAUAUCACAGAAUCUCCUUAGUGGCCAAAUCCCAGAAGAGAUUGUCAGCAUUUCCUCCCUAACCGAAUUGUUUGACCUCUCCAAUAAUGCAUUAACUGGUCCUAUUCCUCUACAAAUUGGGCGUUUGGUCAACCUUGUCAAAAUUGAUCUCUCAUCAAAUAAAUUAUCAGGUGAAAUUCCAGGAACAAUUGGAAGAUGCCUUGAAAUGCAAUUCCUUUACUUUCAAGGAAAUCUCCUCCAUGGACAAAUCCCCAAUGAUCUCAAAGCAAUGAAAGGCCUAGAAGUGUUGGACCUAUCAAACAACAAACUAUCAGGACCCAUCCCCGAAUUCCUUGGGAGCUUCAUGCUUCUUAGGAGUCUAAACCUUUCAUUCAACAAACUAUCUGGUCCAGUGCCAAACAAGAAUAUCUUCACCAAUGCACGUUCUGUAUCACUUGCAAGUAAUGGGCCACUAUGCGGCGGCCCUCCAUUCUUUCAUUUUCCUCCAUGCCCGUAUCAAAGUCCUAGCAGCAAUAAACAAAAUCAACGACUACAAACAUUGAUAUUUAUUGUACCAGCAUUGGCCUUUGUUAUCAUUUGCAUUGCUACAUGCUACUACAUCAAGAAGCUAAAAUCAAAAGCGGUUGGUUGUAAUCAAGAACAUGGAAGCACAAUUGUUUCUGUGAUGCAUCACAAGAUAUCAUACUCAGAGUUAUCUACUGCAACAAAUUCGUUCUCUAUAGAAAAUUUGAUUGGCCGCGGAAGCUUCGGCAGUGUAUACAAAGGAAUUUUGUCAUUUGGCAGACAUUCAAUCAAUGUGGCCGUGAAGAUAAUUGAUCUUCAACAACGAGGUGCAUGUCAGAGCUUCAUGUCAGAGUGCAAUGCUCUUAAAAGGAUUAAACACCGAAAAUUAGUGAAAGUUAUAACUGUGUGUGAUAGCUUGGAUCACAACGGUGACGAAUUUAAGGCACUCGUGUUGGAGUUUAUCCCUAAUGGAAGCCUAGAUAAAUGGUUAUAUCCAAGUUGUGAAAGUGUGAACAGGCUAAGCUUGGAACAAAGGCUAAGCAUUGCUCUUGAUAUUGCUGAAGCACUAGAAUAUCUUCACCAUCACAUUAAUCCUUCUAUUGCUCAUUGUGAUAUUAAACCAAGUAAUAUCCUUCUUGAUGAAGAUAUGACCGCACAUAUUGGUGAUUUUGGAUUAGCAAAGAUAAUGAAUGUUGGAUCAAGUGGGAAAUCAUUAGGUGGAAGUACCUCAGUUGGAAUUAAAGGAACAUUUGGGUACCUUGCACCAGAGUGUGGCACAAGAACCGCGAUUUCUACCGAGGCUGAUGUAUUCAGCUAUGGUGUGCUAUUGUUGGAGAUGCUUACUGGACGAAGGCCAACAGACAAGUUGUUUCAUGAUGCAACCAGUCUUCCCAAGUUUGUCGAGAUGGCCUAUCCUGAUAAGCUAUUAGAAAUAAUGGACCCUAUGAUGCCUUACGAUGGAGAAGAACAUGACAUUGUAGAUUUGUACAUUGCUCCUAUUUCAAGGCUUGGUUUGGCUUGCUGUAGAGAGUCCUCAAGGCAGCGGAUGAAGAUGGGUGAGGUGUUGAAAGAAUUGAGCACCAUAAAGACAGAAUGGGAGCGUAACAUUAGUAAAUUUGAUGAUCCAUAAGGCAAGUUUAACACAUAAUUAAUCAUCAGUUACAGCUCCACCGAUCUAGCUUCUAGUGCCUCUAUUAGUAGCACACAAGAUGUCUGAACAUUACCGAGCAUUUUUGUGUAACCAUUUGCAUAGUCUUCCUCUCUUUUGACAAAAUUGGUGUUUUCUGUCAUCUAGCAUAUGCCAUUUCAAAUAUGUGUUGUGCGUGCCUUUGUAAAGAAAAUGAUACCACAGCUGGCCAUUACUUGUUUAUUGCUUCCA